AUGGUGCCAGGAACAGAGACAGAAUGUUGGGCAAGAUUUAGUUAUGCUUCUAUCCUGAAAAGGGUAAUGAGGAAUCCAGUAUAUUGCUACGAACAACAGAAGGCUGAUUGGAAGAGAAAUGUACAGUUAUUAAUGCAAAUAUCUAUUUACAAAAAUCUAAUUACAGGAUUCAAAACUGAAACUCCUGAAAUAGGUCUUCCAAAAGAACUACUGGUGAACAAACCUUACAGAUGUUUCCUUGAUAUUGAAGCUGCAGGUGGUAACAAAUUGGGACGUUUGGUUUUUGAAAUUUACUCAGAUAUUGUACCCAAGACCGCAUUUAACUUCCUAGCAAUUUGCAAAGGAGCGCUUGGACUCACAUACAAAGGGAGUCCUUUUCAUCGCAUCACACCAGGACUUAUGUGUCAGGGUGGGGACGUUACCAAAGGCAAUGGAUCAGGAGGCAUGUCUGUAUAUGGUUUUCACUUCCCUGAUGAAAACUUCAUUCUUCGCCAUGGAGGAGCAGGUGUUCUGUCAAUGGCUAGUUUUGGGCGAGCCACAAAUAAUUCUAUUUUCAAUAUUACUUUUCGACCUCUGACAUCACUUGAUGGCCAUUGUGUAGUGAUUGGCAGGGUUAUAGAAAAUAUGAAAGUCUUAUAUGAGAUUCAAGCCUAUGGAACUCCUACAGGAAAGCCACGUAAAAGGGUGUUUGUUGCAGACUGUGGAUUACUGCCCUAAAGGGUUAAUGUACAUUACAAGUUUUAUAAUGUAAACUUUACAAAACAUUUCUGGAAACACCUGGAGAGUCAAUAUUGAUAACUGUAAUCAUAACUGCUGUAUCCAUCUAUAUAUUAAUAAAUGAAAAAAUUAAUUUAUCACACAAUUGUUUUGAAAUUAUUGAUUCAUUAUGAAGUAUUUGACAAAGUACAAAGUAAAGUACAACCCA